UAUUAUUCUUUAUCACAAAGUUACAAAUACAAAGAUUGCAAGCAAAGACUUCCAAAUUGCUCUUGUAAAGGAUUUAAUUCAAGAAGCUAUAGAUAAUGAGAGUAGUAGCAAUAGAAUAACUUGGG